UUUCUCUGUCUCUCUCUCUCUUUUCUCUUCCUCCUUUUUUCCUCUGAACACGUUGGUCUCCCCUUCACUCUUUCACUCCCACCUUCACCGAAUGCUACUCACGCAUUGACUCCCUCUCGCUCUCUCUCCCCACCCUUUUUCUUUCUCCUUUUCUCUCUCACUCUAUCUCAAUCGGUUUCACUGUCUGGCUGUCUGUCUCUCUAUCUCUACGUUUGUCUCACUCAUAGUUGAAUGUUCAGAAAAACAUGGCUGACUCAGAGAACAUUCCUCUGAAAGGAGUACAGCGCCGGGGAGCUUUACGGCAGAAAAAUGUAUUCGAGGUGAAAAAUCAUAAAUUUGUACCCCGAUUUUUCAAGCAGCCGACUUUUUGCAGUCACUGCAAGGAUUUUAUUUGGGGAUUUGGCAAGCAAGGAUUUCAGUGCAAAGUUUGCUGUUUUGUUGUACAUAAACGGUGUCAUGAAUUUGUUACAUUUACUUGUCCGGGCGCUGACCAGGGUCCAGACUCUGAUGCUACCAAACUUCAUAGAUUCAAAGUGCAUUCAUAUGGUAGCCCAACUUUCUGUGACCAUUGCGGCUCGCUACUCUAUGGGCUGAUUCAUCAAGGCUUCAAAUGUGAUGCAUGUGAUAUGAACAUACAUAAAAAAUGUCAAAAAAAUGUUCCACAACUGUGUGGCAUCGACCACACUGAAAGGCGAGGUCGUAUUAAACUCAACAUUACAUCCAAGAGGAAUGAACUGCUUGUUAAAGUCCUAGAAGCAAAAAACCUGGUGCCAAUGGAUCCAAAUGGAUUAGCUGAUCCGUAUGUGAAAGUGAAACUUAUUCCAGAUGAAUCAAACAAAACCAAGAAAAAGACCAAAAGAACAAAAGCUACUCUGAACCCUGUUUGGACUGACACGUUCACAUUUGAAAUUGCUCCAGAAGAUAUGUCCAAGAGAUUAUCUUUUGAAGUCUGGGAUUGGGACCGCACUACACGCAAUGAUUUCAUGGGCUCGCUGUCGUUUGGUAUUUCUGAACUUAUCAAAAACCCAGUAGAUGGUUGGUUUAAAUUACUGAAUCAAGAAGAAGGAGAGUAUUAUGGAAUCCCAGUACCUGAUGAACUGUCUCCAAGUAUUCAGGAAAUGAAGAACAAAUUUGAAAAACAACAAAUUGCUGAGCGCAAUCUUCCAUCAUCUUUGAAUGAUCAAAACAUGAGCAAACAAGACCUCGUUCGUGCUAGUGAUUUCAAUUUUAUGACAGUGCUUGGCAAAGGCAGUUUUGGAAAGGUUGUUUUAGCAGAACGGAAGAGCACAGAUGAGUUAUACGCCAUAAAAAUUCUAAAGAAAGAUGUCAUCAUUCAGGAUGAUGAUGUCGAAUGUACAAUGAUAGAGAAGAGAGUUCUGGCUCUUGCAAAUAAACCUCCAUUCCUUGUCCAACUGCAUUCUUGUUUCCAAACUAUGGAUCGGUUGUAUUUUGUGAUGGAGUAUGUUAAUGGUGGUGAUCUUAUGUACCGAAUCCAACAGGAGGGCAAGUUCAAAGAACCUGUGGCAGUAUUUUAUGCAGCAGAAAUUGCAAUAGGUCUUUUUUACCUUCACAACGAAGGUAUAGUUUACAGGGAUUUAAAACUGGACAAUGUGAUGUUGGACUGUGAAGGCCAUAUCAAGAUAGCAGAUUUUGGCAUGUGCAAAGAGGGAAUUAUUCUGGACAAAACUACCAGAACCUUUUGUGGCACACCUGACUAUAUAGCACCUGAGAUUGUAUUGUAUCAACCAUAUGGGAAAUCAGUUGACUGGUGGGCUUAUGGUGUAUUGUUAUAUGAAAUGUUAGCAGGACAGCCUCCAUUUGAUGGAGAAGAUGAAGAAGAACUGUUCACCUCCAUCACAGACCACAAUGUUUCUUACCCCAAGUCUAUGUCUCGAGAAGCUGUGUCAAUUUGUAAAGGAUUACUUACCAAAAACCCCUCCAAGCGUCUUGGCUGCACUAACAACGGUGAACGAGAUAUCAAAGAUCAUGCUUUCUUCAGACGCAUCGAUUGGGCAAAGGUGGAAAGUCGAGAUGUACAGCCACCAUAUAAACCGAAAAUAAAAAGCAAAAAAGAUGUCAGCAAUUUCGACCGCGAAUUCACCAGUGAAGCUCCAAAGUUGACACCAACAGACAAACUGUUCAUUAUGAAUUUAGACCAGACCGAGUUUGCUGGAUUCUCCUACAUCAAUCCUGAAUUUGUUAUCUCUGUUUGAAGAUAUUAGCUGUUGUACCCCCAGACCAUGGCCAAUGAGGUGCCAAUCUUUGUUUGGAUCAGCUUGUGUUGCUAAAACUGGUACCAAGGCUGCAUAGGUUGAAAUUCUUCUCUCCACUCUCAUUUUUGGCUAAAGUUGGUCAACCAGAUUGUCUUUUUAACUAUGUUUCUGUGUGUAUGUGUGUGUGUGGUGUAUAUAUGUAUAUGCAUACAUGUAUAUGUAUAUAAAUACACACAUACACAAAACAUAUAGGCACAACCACUCACACACAUAUAAUAAAUGUAUGCGCAUAUGUAUAUAUAGAUGUGUGUGUAUAUAUAUACAUAGAAAUAUAUAUACGUGUGCAUAUGUGUUUUUGUGUAUGUAUACAUUAAAUAUAUAUGUAUAUACAUAUACAUACAUACAUAGAGAUAGAUAUAGAUAUAUCGUCUGUUUCUAAUUUAUAUACCUAUAUUUAUAUAUAAACAUGCAUAUGCACACAUUUAAUUACUGCUGAUAUCAUCACAGUUUUCCAAACAUUUCUCAAAGAGGGGUAUAAAUACAUAGAUAUUAUAUAUAGACACACAAACAUGUAUGUAUGUGAAUCUGUGUACAUAUAUAUAUAUAUAUAUAAAUAUAUAUAUAUAUAUAUUUAUAUAUAUAUAUAUAUAUAUAUAUAUAUAUAUAUAUAUAUAUAUAUAUAUAUAUAUAUACAUACACAGAUACAUGUACACACACACAUACAUACAUACAUAACCCACUCUUUCGCUAAACUACCUUCUCAAUGACUAUUCUCUUCACACCCUUCUAAUCUCUCCACUAACACUUUACAACUGUGUUGUGUUUGAACACACCCAGUGGUAGAAUCACAUUAUUUUCUUAAUUGCCUCAGGCAGUCUGCGGUGCUUUUGGGAUGUCCCCUCAAUGACUAAGAUCUCCCUGCAACAGGUUCAUUUCUUACAUACAGCACUAUAUACAUAAUUCAUAGAUUGUCUCUUUUUUUUUUUUAUCACUCUCUUUCUCACACACCAUAUAUGAAACACAGUAAUAUAUAUAUAUAUACAUAUAUAUAUAUAUAUAUAUAUAUAUAUAUAUAUAUAUAUAUGUGUGUGUGUGUGUGUGUGUAUACUAUACAGAACUCAUACACACACUUAUACUUACAGCUGCACCAUUUGUGUAUAUAUUUUUAAUUUUGAAAGAUAGAUCUUGUGGAAUAUUGCACUUUUUAUUACCCAAGCACUUCAUGCACACACACACACACACACACAUACAUAUUAUGAAAUACAACUCUAUUACAAUACACAUGAGCUUAAACACUCUUUAUAACAAAUGCAGCCUAUAUAUAUUUAUAUACAUAUUCAUAAACAUAUAUCUGCAUAUAUAUAUAUAUAUAUAUACAUACAUACACAUGCAUAUAAUAUAUACUUGUAUAUAUAUAUAUAUAUAUAUAUAUAUAUAUAUAUAUAUAUAUAUAUAUAUAUAUAUAUAGCUGAGGGCAGUAGACUCCUCUAAUCUAUCAUCACUCAGAACUUUUAUGUUUUUAGUUUAACAAAACUUCACCUUAAUAAUCCCAUAGAUAUAGAAAUAUAUGAUUUUCAAAUUUUGCGUUGCUGUCUUCCUUCUAUUAUCAAUAUUUCUAUCUUCUUCAAUCUCUUAAGGAAACAGUGCCAUUCCAAUUUUAAUCUUUGUUUUAGUAGAACACUCCAUUUCUUCAAAUAUUUUCCAGUCUGUCAAUGUUUCUGUAUCAUGCCGGUGAAAAGUGCUUCAACUUCUUAAUAUAGCCAGCAAAUUUUCUGCAGAUAGUUACCAUUAAAAUGGAAACUAUGUACAAUAGAGCAGAACUCCAGUAUAAGUGUGUAGUGGUAUGCACUAUGAUGUGUGGCUUGUUAGAGAUCACACGUUAAAUACAGAAAAUAAAAUUAAUAACACAAAUAACAUGAAUAACUAUAAAAUAAAGUAAUACAAUAUAGUGUUAAGUAUUCACAUCCAGUCUCAGUGACUUUUCUGGUUGUUUUCUUGUUCAGGUGUACAAAACUGAAGUAAAGAAAUCUGAUACAGUAUUUAGUUAUCAACUUAGAAUAUACAUUUCAAGUAAAACAAAAAUGAAGGAAUUCUGCAGGAUACAUUGAAAUAAUAUAUUGAUAACUAUAACUAAUAGUGUUUUCAUUGAAAUUACAUGAAAUUAAAAUUUCAAUUUUCUUAAUUUCCCAAAAACAAAAUAUUUAACUACAUGAUUAAAUAAUGGCAGUAGUUUUGUGGCAUCUCAUGUCUUUUGACAUGUUUGCAUCAGAGAGUUUCACCUGCUGUUACAAGAGUCUAAGAGUCACACAACUAAUGUCUUUCCUCUGCAUAUAUGAGAUUCCACUUUCACAACCUCAACAAAUUCCUAUAUAGCACUGCUGCUAUGAGCAAAGGCCGUGCUUUCUUUGCAGUGGAGCUGAAAUACUGAAACACUCUUUGUUUCAAUCAGUCUCAUCCUUGAUUCAGUUAUCAACAUUUUACCCAAUUUUUUUCCUAGAGUAAAUCGUUUUAAAUUAUGUACAUACAAAUUCAAGUCUAGAACAUAUUGAUUCAAAUGUAUCAAUAAAUUUUCUUCAUAUAACCAUCCUAACUGCAAAACUAAUAGUUAGAGUAAAGAAAGCGUUCCAGCUUAUGAUGUAUAUGUAUAUAUAUAUAAUGUAGACACAGAAAUCCGAUGCAGUCUUCUGCCUGGCCAGCUCCUGUCAAACCAUCCAACCCAUGCCAGCAUGGAAAGCAGACAUUAAAUGAUACAUGAUGAUGAUGAUGAUAUAUAUACAUAUAUAUAUAUGUGUGUGUGUGUGUAUGUACAUAUAUAUAAAUAUAUAUGUAUGUAUGUAUAUAUACACACACACACACACACAUUUACACAUACAUAACAUACAUACAUACAUAUAUAUAUGUAUAAUAUAUAUAUAUGUUUAUGCUCCAUCAUUCAAACACACACAUAAAUGAACAUAUUUAUGUAUAAAUACACACACACAUCCACAUAUCAACCAAGUGAUUCCCCCAUUAUGUUUGGCUUCCAUGCAGGUUUUACUAAUUUUCAAAACUCCAUGCAUACAUUUCCUUGCUGUGGUUGAGGUCAUUUCAUUGAGGUUUAUGUUCCCCUUUCCCCUCUUCUCUCCCCCCCUCUCUCUCUGCCUUUACAUUUUGUGUACAUUAAAAAAACAUUUUUAUUGGCAAGAAUAUUGUGCAUUUAUUAUUAUUAUUAUUAUUAUUAUUAUUAUUAUUGUUAUUAUCGUUGUUGUUGUUGCUGUUAUUGUUGUUGUUAUUAUUAUUAUUAUUGUUAUUAUUA